GGGUCAGUUGUGUUUAGUUCUUUUACUGUGAAAUGGAUAUAAGGAUAUUGACGUUAAAGUAGUGUUAUUGGCAUCGUGUCGUAACGUCAUAAAAUUUAACAUUUGAGACAUACUUUUUAUGGCUUUUUUCUAAAGAAAUUUUUGGUGGCUUCAAAAAAAAUGAACAUAUCCACUAUGACUGUCACAUACAUUUCGUAUUAUUAUAUAAGAUAUAACCAGUCACAUUAGUUAUAUUUUAAAGACUGGAGACCAACACCAAGAUAAAUAUUAUUUAUAGUCAACAAGGGGAGGAGUGCAUUUGUGCUCCGCGCGGUGGAUGUUACCCUUACCAAUGGUAUAUAAUUUAAAUACCCUUGGGUUUGCCAUUAUGUGUUAUAUGUUUUGUUAAGUAUUGUUUUAUACGUCCUCUGUGUAUUAUGUAGUUGUUGAAAAUUAUAUUUAAAAAACUUGUGAGAUAAUUGUGAAAAUUUUCGUUGAUAAUUUCUUGUAGUAACAAGACGAUUAUCAUCAAUCAAACCUCUCAUACGUUAUGUGUUAUAUGUUUUGUUAAGUAUUGUUUUAUACGUCCUCUGUGUAUUAUGUAGUUGUUGAAAAUUAUAUUUAAAAAACUUGUGAGAUAAUUGUGAAAAUUUUCGUUGAUAAUUUCUUGUAGUAACAAGACGAUUAUCAUCAAUCAAACCUCUCAUACUUUUUUUUAUUGCAAUAUAGAGAUACGUUUGAUAACGUUAGAUACAGGUUGACCCCAGGCUUGGCAACAAUAAAUAAGUUUUGAAUAAAAAAGGAGUAAUAGACCUGGUUGGUUCCUCUCAGUGGCAUAUGGUGUCUAAGCUUAGCAAUAGCAGAAUUAGAAGACUUUAAUUCCUUUGCAGUAUAUAACAUUAAUUUGAGGUUUCCAGGAUAAGGUGUCUUCGAGAAGAUCAGAGUUCAAAUUAGAAAAGUAAGGGGCCAUCUCAAAAUGUUCGUACGUAGUUCAUAUAAUUCGUAUCAAAAGCUUUGUAUCAAUUUAUUUAAUCUUUCGUAUAUAUCAUUUUAUUUUUAAUAUAUACGAUUUUUAUUCGAUUUUUAAUAUAUAUACUUUUUGUAUCAUCAAAAUUACAAGUUCGUAUAAAGUUUGUAUCAUUUAAAAUAAACUUCGUAUGUAGUUCGUAUCUUUUUUAAAGAAGUUCGUAUAAUAAUUUGCUAAUACGAAGUUACUUUAUUAUAAUUGGACUAUUAUCUAUUGUCUUUUUAUUGAAAUUUUUUCAACAAUUAUAAAGUUCGUUUCGUUAUUCAAACUUCGUUUAUUUUAAUUGGAUUUAUUAUCUAAGAUCUUUAGGGAUCAUCUCCACAGCAUCGAUUGUUUAAAAAUCAUGAAAAUGGGACCGUAGAAAGCGAAAAGAUCGCCGUAGAUAGUUUUAAAAUCAUGAAAACGCAUCGUAGAAGCUAAGAGAUUGCCGUAGAUCGUUUAAAAAUCAUGAAAAUGUCAUCGUAGAAGCUAAGAGUUCGCCGUAGAUCAUUUAAAAAUCCUGAAAACGGGAUCGUAGAAAACGAAAAGAUCGCCGUAUAUCGUUUAAAAAUCAUAAAAACGGUAUCAUAGAAGCUAAGAGAUUGCCGUAGAUCGUUUAAAAAUCAUGAAAACAGGAUCGUAGAAGCUAAGAGAUCGCUGUAGAUCGUUUAAAAAUCAUGAAAACAGGAUCGUAGAAAACAAAAAGAUGGAGUAGAUUGUUUAAAAAACAUGAAAACCGAAUCGUAGAAAGCAAAAAGAUCCACGUAGAUAGUUUUAAAAUCAUGAAAACAGGAUCAUAGAAAACGAAAAGAUCAUCAUAUAUCGUUUAAAAAUCAUAAAAACGGCAUCGUAGAAAAUUAAAAGAUCGCCGUAGAUUGUGUUGAUUGAACCUAUGAAUAUGCAAUUUUGCUAGUCUUUUCAAAGUCAACCUUAUAUAUUUUACUUCUUUUAUUUCUGGUUUUGUGUACAGUUCGUAUCAUUUCUUUACGUAUUUUAAAAAAUUCGUUUAACUCUUUUGUUUCUGGUUUCGUAUUGAAGUAAUUAUGUGCAAUUACGCCAGUACUUUUGAAGUUUGCUUCAAGAUCGUAUAGCAAUUUACUUCGUUCAAAGUUCGAAUCAUUUCAUUUUGUAUGAUAACAAAACUUCCUUUAAGUUUGUAUCAUAUAUUAAAAAAGUUCGUAUAAACUUCGUUUACAUUUUUUAUUUUAAACGAAGCACUUCAUAUGACAUCCGUUUAACAAAACGAAGUACUUCGUAGCUUUCGUAUAAUUAUACUAAAAAAACAUACAAACAUUUUGAGACGAUCCCUAAAGUCGGUUCGCAAAAAAAUUGGCAAUGUAACCAAGUAAACCACCAUCUAGAUGUGACCUGGGAACACCAUAGAUCAAAGACCAUUGGCUUGUUUAUUAGUAACUCCUUGUUUUUCGACGAGAAUUUGUAUUUUUUGUGACCUGCGAGCUUUACUUUUUUCUGCAUUAUUAUUUUUUAUGUUGGAGACAAGUUGGGGAUGUUUAAACUCGUGAACCCCAAACACUAGAACUGAGCGUCUGAGCUAGCAACUCUCUCAGUUUUAACUUUCUUUAGCAUGCUGUAAGAAAAUAUUCAAAAUGUAGUUAUUGUUUCAGAGGUUCUUAACUAGUUUUUGUGAACAGUACAACGCAAGUUAAAUACAGAUUGUUUAAGGUUGUUUUCACAAAAAAUAUGUUCGUUUUAAAUAUGAGUCUUUUAGUGAAAUGCUGUUUUUUAUUUUCCUUGUUUUGGUGUGAUGAAAACAUAGUUUAAGGAAAACAAAGUUUAAGUAAAACAAAGUUUGUUUAAAAAAGGGGCAAUAAGAGGAAUUUCAAUCAAUACGACACCAGCUGGUCAUUGGUAUUGUUCAGAAGAGAAUGCUGAUUGCAAGUGUGUGCUUGUGUAAAAAAAACAAAAAAAAUCCGUAAAUAGGUAAAAAAAGAAUAUUAAAAAAAACCAAAAACAUUGGUUCAAAAAUAAUUAGAUAUCUGAUUCUGAUGAUUCGUCUUAGACUGAAAGAGUAUAUUUCACAAUAUCUAAAGCAACGCCUGAAUUAUCACUGGUCUUCUUUCGUUUGACUGGGUAUUUUGUGGCUUAGGAGCACGCUUGAACACUCUGAUGAGGAUUGAAAUCAGGCCUUGCCAUGAGCAAAUAACCUCCCGAGCAAUUAAUUGCUCGCGUCAGAAUCUCUACCCGAGCAAUUUUGCUCGCCAUAUUUUUCGCUAAGAAAACUUUACAUUUAGUCUCUCAGGGCAUCUUUUUCAGCAGAGGAGUGCGCCUUGGCACACACCUAAAUCGUUUCAGCCGUGUGAUUAAAAUGUCCACCUCAUUUCCAUUUUGGUCGAACAUGUCCGUAGCUCGUUUCGGACUUUUGUCGGUUAAAACGUCCGAUAGAUUUCGUCUUGGUCGGACACUUUCAGAUCUCAGAAUUAUUGAAUAGUCCUGGUCCUUUAAAUCCACAAGCAAGCGUAUUCAUAGCCAACCUGACCACCCUAGCUAAUUCACAGACUCCUGACUUAGUUAAAAAACUAUGUAGUCAUAAAUCUCUUUUGCCCGGCCCCUUCGUCGAUGGUAACCAGGUCUUACACAAGAAAUCCAGCCAUGCGGUUCUUAACUAAUGCGGAGGUGAACACCGACGGAGCACGGAUGACGCAAGUCUGCAAAACUGCUCUUACAGGCGGAACAGGCAAUUUAUCAUGGAUUUAAUUGUAGAUAAUUUCUUCAUUUGACGAAGCAAUUGGAAACCAUAGCAGGUCCAAAUUUAAUGGAUUAUUUUCUUUAUGCCACAACUGUUAUUCAAACAAUUUUAAAACGAAACCCAGGUGCGGUAUAAUUUUUUUUCUGUGUAAAUUUUAUGUACCUGGCGUGUACCUUUUAAAAAGAGAUUUUAUUUAUUAGUUUUAUUUAAACCACGCGGAUAAAGAUUUUUUUAAUUUGAAAACGAAGCAUAUUUUUUCCUAUUUGCUUGUGAUGACCUGAAAAAUAAACAUUAAAUUUAUGAAAGCAACAGUAUAGUCAUGCAUACUAUUUCGGACAUGUAGAGAAGGAAGUUAAGAUUGAGAGAGUCGCUAUACCAGUAGACGCUCGAUCAUCGUGUUUGGGGUUCACGAUUAAAAACGUCCCACUUUUCUACUGCAAAAUGAAUGCGCAACAAAGAUUAACCUUAAUGCCUGUAUCGUACGCAUUUUAUAAAAUGGCGAAUGAACUGUUGCAUGAUGGGUGGAAAAUAAUCACACCAAAUAUCUUUUCAGUUUCACUUAAAAAACCAAUCAAUUCUUGAGAAAAACGUUUACACUUAUCUCAAAAUGUUAAUAUUUACGCGAGCAAUAGAAUGCUCGGGUAAGAGCAUUUACGCGAGCACUACGCGGGCGCGAGCAAGGCCUGGAAAUCUUCAAUUUAACUCUAAGACACACUUCUAAUCGUUUUUGACUCGUUUAUUUCUAAAAUCUGUUUUCACUCUAUUCCUUGUACUAAACACGCGUUCGAGUUUUGCAUUAGUAAAGGGAGUUAUUAAAAGCAACUCGAUGAUAUGCAGCAUAUUUUUACACUCAAUUUUUAAGUUGGAAUUGGUCAGAACUUUAGCCCACACAUCCAAAUAUUUUCCUUCGCUUGAAAGUUUUACUCGAUUUUUUAUGAUAUCAACCAUUCUUUAUCAGCAAGUUCACCCAAAAAAUACUUUGUUGGUGCACAGCUUCAUCUCUGUAAGUCAUCAGACUAUUUUUAUCAUCAGGCAAACUGGAAACAUCAAGUAUUUGUAACCAGAUGGUUGUACACAGGAUUUUUCGGCCUUCAAAGCUAACGGCGCUGAAAAAAAGAACACUGAUUUUAUGUUAAAAACACUUUCGAUCUGCCUAUUCCCUUCUAAUUUUAUGAUAAAUUACCAUGUAAAUAUUUUACGCAAUCAUUUAUAAUGAGUUGCACUUGAUAAAUAAGGUUUUAAUAACAAUUUUUUAUAAUAAAAAGGCCUCUUCGAAACAAAUGUUACAAAACUUGCACACAUAUUUUCAGUUGACACUUCAUUAAAUAUGGAAUACGCUAAAGUGAAAUACGCUAAUGGAAGGUUAUUAUUUCUUCUCCCAGCAUAAAAUAAUCAAGCAAAACAUGAGAAUUAAAUAGAAACGCAUCAAACAAAAAGAAUGAAUGAUUAAUUUUUAAUAUCACAAAAAAAGACAACGAAGUGAUACAAAAAUAUUUGAUUCGUCAUUUCAUCAUUUUCUUGGCGAAGUAAUUCGCAAUUGCGAAUUACGAACUGGUAAUUAAAACCUUAAAGACUAACACAUUUGUCACAGGAGGUUUGGGAGUCCAAUAAUUGGUUUGUUUUUAGGUUUAAAGAUGAUAAAUUCUGUUUUGGUGGCAUUAAGAGAUAUUUUGUUGGCAUUUACCCAUGUGCAGAGGUGCUUUAGGUUGAUUUUUACAUGUUUGGAAAGUUGUUUAACAUUCCAGCUUGAAUAGAGAAGAUUGUGUCAUCAGCAAAUAGUGAUCUUCAAGAGGAACUAGAGGUUUUGCAGUCAAUAUAUUUAGAUGAUUUGGUUGUCCGCACCACUUUAGAUUGUGGUGCAGAAUUAAAGAUUACAUUACACCCGAACACUGCAGAUCAUGACGAAAAAAAAUAUGUUUGUCUAACAUUGCACAUUAUCCUGUCUGCUGAGUAUCCAGCAGAACAUCCCAUCAUGUUGAUAAAAAAUCCAAGAGGACUCUCUGAUGCUCAUCUUGCAAGUAUAGAAGAAAAUCUGAAAGGCAUGGCAUCAUCCAGAAUAGGUGAAUCGAUGUUGUAUGAACUAAUUGAGUAUUGUAAAGAUAGUUUAACAGAUAACAACCAUCCAAGUUCAGUAUGUUCGAUAUGUUUGGAGAUCUUUCAGGACACAGACAUUUUUUUUCGCACAAACUGCUACCACUAUUUCCAUGUCAUCUGCAUCAAAGCAUAUAUUAACAUGCUGAAUGAAAAAGACCUGAUAUGUCCUGUUUGUAGAAAGGCAUUUGAAAUAGAUGAAUCUCUACUUCGGUCAGUUAGUGACGCAAAGGAUGGUCAAUCAGAAGAGAUAAAGUUUUCCCCUACAGAUGAAUACUUAGAGUGGCGUAAAUACUGUACGAAAUUGUUUGAAAAACAGAAAAGAAAAGGAGGAAUAAUUGAUUUGGAAUUUGAGAAAAGCAAAUACCUUAUUUCCUCAGCGAAAUGUAGCCAACCUAUCACCACGACUCUUACUACAAAAAAGCCAACAUCUGAAACACCGGUUGAAACAGUUUCAGCAACAUUAAAUAAAAAGCAAGAUGAGAACAAAUCGGAGAAUAGACAUAUUGAUAAACAGAAAAAGCAACGUAAAGGAGGUCAUGGUAAUUCGUGGAGAUCUGGUAGCGAGAGUUCGGGGAGGACUGGUGAGGAGAAAUCGUGGAGGUUUGGUAGAGAGAAAGUAAACCGUGACGGGUGUAGUGCUCGAAAGAAAGAUGUUAUGGAUGUUAGCAGGCGUGUUCCUUUUAAAGAAAAUAACUUUCCUUCAAAAAACGAAAGGAGAGAAUUUGACAAUAAAAAUGAUUUUUUGAAAAGUAAAGUUAAAUCUGCUGCAGAAACGCGAAGCUGCAAAAAGACAUCUUUUGAAAGCGAAACAAGUGAUCGAAAAAAUUCCACCGGACAAUGUAGAACGUAUGAAGGUGAUAAGAUAAAUGAAAAAACAAAUACAGCAAGACAGAGAAAAUAUAUCGAAGGUUCUCUUCAGAAUAGCAAUUUAUUAUCGAGUGUGACUAAUUUACACAACAGAACACACGGUAGUGCUUCAUUUAAAGAAGGCGUUAAACCACCGCCUGGUUUGAAACCACCACGGCCUGGUUUGAAACCACCACGGCCUGGUUUGAAACCACCACCGCCUGGUUUAAAACCACUACCGCCUGGUUUGAAACCACCACCGCCUGGUUUGAAACCACCACCGCCUGGUUUGAAAUCACCACCGCCUGGUUUUAAACCACCAACCCCAGGUUUGAAACCACCACCGCCUGGUUUGAAACCUCCAUCCGGGUUUAAUGUACCUUCAAGUUUAAGUAAUAGUUGAUAUUUAUGAUGAUGAAAAAUUUUAAAUUCUUUC